AUGGCUGAAUAUUUGGCAUCGAUUUUUGGAACGGAAAAGGACAAAGUUAAUUGUUCAUUUUACUUUAAAAUCGGUGCUUGUCGGCAUGGAGAACAAUGUUCCAGGCUUCACAAUAAGCCUACAUUCAGCCAGACUAUUCUAUUACAAAACUUAUAUAUUGUAAUGGUGGUAAAUUACUGUCUUAUUUUUAAGAAUAUGUCUAAUCUUACGGAGGUCCAAGCACAAGAAAUGUUUGACGAAUUUUUUGAAGAAGUGUUUGUCGAGUGUGAAUCUAAAUAUGGUGAGAUCGAAGAAAUGAAUGUUUGUGAUAACCUUGGAGACCAUUUAGUUGGGAACGUAUACAUAAAAUUUCGACGCGAAGAAGAUGCUGAAAAGGCGGUUAAAAUGCUCAAUCAGCGCUGGUUUGGUGGAAGACCGGUGCAUGCAGAGUUGUCCCCAGUUACUGAUUUCCGUGAAGCGUGCUGUCGUCAAUAUGAAUUGGGGGAAUGCACUCGUGGUGGUUUCUGCAAUUUUAUGCAUUUGAAGCCAAUAUCACGUGAAUUGUGUCGUAAACUCUAUAACAGAAGCAAAAGAAGGCAUGGAGGCAGACGUAGAAGGUCUCGAUCUCGUUCUGCACAUCGCAGAUCACGAUCACCAAGAGGCGGACGUAGUUCCAGGCGCUAA